CAAUAUGUAGUUUCAGUGCAUGAGUGAUUACCAAUGUACCCAUACCGUCGGACGUCCCAAAAUAGGUCGUAGGAAAGUUGUAUAAAAAGGUCCCUUGGCACAAAAAGCUACUGUCGCAAUUUUCAACACCACAGUGCAAGUUUUGCAGUCACUUUGUCAAUUUUAGUAGUUCAGCAAGCGAGCAAUGGCUACGCGGGAUGUUGGAGGAAUAGAGGGAUUGCAAGAGAAGCAGAAUGUACUGCAGCAUGAGAAAUCGCUUGGCUGCCAAGCAGUGAAAGAAAAGAGCGGAACUGAAGAAUUCGGCGAGGAAUCGUUUGCCAGUGCUAUCAGCAGGAACAAGAAGCUGCGACUGGGGUUGCGCUUAGUGAUCGGAUUUGUUCUUUUACUUGCGGUUCUUGGCUGUGUCGCUGGAAGUAAGCUCACUCUCGUGGCGUUGGCGAACAAGCUCAGGCACGUUACAGUCAACCAGACGAAGCAGGAGCUCAAAGACAGGUCUACAGACAUUAGUCGGCUGUACUGGCAGCUGGUCAUUAUUCUGGUCCUCCCCCAUUGUCUGACGUUUGUGCGAUCCGCUGUUGUGGGAGUAAUUGGGAAGACCAGAAAGGCGCACCCUUGGCCUAGGAGGAGUGCUCUGAUUGCGGGAGCAUUAUCAUCGGUGUUGGAAGUGGUUGCAAUGAGUGUCUUUGUCUUCUCCGUCCUCUGCUAUCUCACUCCACUCCUGGCUCUACUGAGCAUGCAGCCAGUCUUUGCUGCUCAAUUUGUACUCGACAUAUACUACACUCCGAGCAGAUGCAGACCGAGAUGGAACCACAGGAAUGGGCAUUAUGAAAACCUGGAUCAUGCUGAACGGAGCCUCUUAGAUAUGAGUGAUGAAUAUAGAACUGGACCUGAACUAGGUGUUCAUAAAUUCAACCAGAGAAUCCGGGACUGCUUUGGUGCCAUUCUCGACAAUAAGAUAGUCAAAAUUGUUGCAUUCUUCCUGCAAGUAGUGGGCACCGGUGCAAUCAUAGCGACUUUGGUUCUCACCCACAAACCGGACCUGGACCACCACAUACCCGUUAUAGCACUCCCCCUCUCUCUGGUGACUCUGGGGGCCCUGUGGAGCCACAGGUUCCAGGAGUUCCUGUUGCAGGCUCCUCAGAGGAAUCAGAGGAAUCCGGAGACAGUUUGUGAGAGGGACGGUGCAGCUGACUCCAGUGCACGCUAUAAAGCAAAUUUCCUCAAUUCGUUCUACCGGAUCGUUCUGUACCCCGUGCUAGCCUACGGAGUCUUCCGCCUCAUCCACUCCAACAAAGAUAUUGAUCCGUGGGCGGCCUCCACGCUUCACCUUUUGGGGACGGGCUCCGACCUCACUCUCUUUGUUGCACACAUUCUGACAAGUUUCUUUGGGUAUGUGUUUGCAUGGACCGCUUGUCUCAUGACCCUCAGGACAAUUGGAUUUGCUCUCCCUCUCCUUCUUUCAACCCCGGUGGCCCUGCUUACUGGGCUGAUUGUGCCAUACUUUGAGGAAUUUUCACGCGAGCAUUUCUCAAAGUUCAACAGUCUCAACUAUGCAGUCAUUGGGCUGUGGUUUGUCGUUUAUCUCGGUCAGGUCCUUGGCAUUGCCUAUUACCUUUGCACCAAAAACAACCUCAUUCUCUCACAGGACAGCGACAUGUUUCUCAAUCCUCACUACGAGAGUGUUUUCCUUGAACAGUACCUCUCUCUCAACAGACAGGUGGACAAGUAUUCCAACAACAUGCAGGUCACAUUCGAUGGGCAUCUCUCUGAACCCGCACCAUAUUCAUUUGCUCCACAAUGUACCGCUGAGAACGUGCGGGAAAUGCGGCAGAUGUUAAAGUCCAUCAACAGGAUGUCUGAGUGGUACGCCGACCAGAGGAAAUUGAAUGGAAAAAGGAAAGAUGAUACGGUCGAAUCGCACAUAUUUUUUGAUGGAGCUGUGAAUGGAGGACAGCUCACCCAGUACGCCAUUCAGCUGCUCUCUCUAGUUAGUGAGUGUCUGCUGGGGGUUGAAAUCAGAAGUGGCACUAGAAAGGAGACUUACUAUGGACAGAGCAUGAGCUGGCAAGUUGGAGAGAGGAAGAUGACAUUCACAGUCCACUUCAAAGACAACCUAAAGGUGAAGGAAAAGAAAAGGUGGAGUCAGGUAAUGUACAUGAACUAGUCUUGAACCAUCGGAUCCCAGAAUCUCAAACAUCAAAGAGGCCGCUGAACAAGGACCACACUUACAUUCUUACGACUGAUGCCGACAUUGAUUUCACUGCCGAAUCUGCCAUGGUUCUCAUGGACUCCCUGGCCUCAAACAAGGAGGUGGGUGCGGUGUGCGCCCGCACACACCCAAAAGGCUCUGGCGUCCUCUACUGGUACCAGAUCUUUGACUAUGCCAUUGGGCACUGGUUUACAAAACCAGCCGAGCACCUUUUGGGGUCAGUCCUCUGUUGCCCGGGGUGUUUCAGCGUGUUUCGAUGCAGGGCCCUGGAGGGUGUUUUGCAAGAGUACUCGUCAGAGGUACAAGGUGCAGCAGAUUUCCUUUACAAAGACAUGGGGGAAGACCGCUGGCUGUGCACACUGCUCAUUCAGAGGGGGUGGCGGUUGGACUACUGUGCCAUCUCAGAGAACCACACUUACUGCCCAGAGUCAUUUGACGAAUUUUACAGGCAGCGACGGCGGUGGGUCCCUUCCACAAUUGCUAAUCUCCUGCUGGUAAUUUCAAAGGCCUGGAACAUCACCAGUACAAACAACUCUGUUUCUAUAGCAUUUGUCCUCUUUCAAGCCAUCAUGGCUUUUUCUACCGCCAUUUCCCCAGCCACUGUCAUCCUCAUAAUUGCCUCUGGAUUACAAGGGGCGUACCAAAUCAGCGACAAUGCUGUGCUUGCAACGAUAAUCAUUCUCGUCCUCUUGAGUGUGAUCUAUGGCUUGGUCUGUCUCUACACUAGCCAGAAGACACAGAUUGACGUCGCAAAAUCCCUCACUUUACUCUUUGCCAUUCUAAUGGCUGUCGUCUUUGUGGGUAUCUUCAAGGAAAUUAUUCUCGAGGUCUUUCCUGUGGACAACCGCCUCGUACUUCUCCAACCUCCCAUAUGUACUAACAAGUCUGCCGACUGCCUAAGGGCACAGAACAACCUUGGGGUUGCUGUAAACAUGUCAUCUCCUUUUAAGGUUUUUCAGCUGCCAACCAGCCCGACAACCUGGUACGUGGCAGUCUUUGCCGUUACCUACACAGCAGCUGCUCUUCUCCAUCUCUGGGAGUUUCCCUUUCUCUUCCACUGUAUUUGGUACAUACUGGGCCUCCCGUCUGGGUACCUCUUGCUGCUCAUCUACUCUGCUGUCAAUCUCGACAGUCAGAGCUGGGGUACUCGUGAGGCUGCCAAGGCAGCAGGAGGAGGAGGGGGAGGUUUCAAAAUGGUGAAAAAGUGGGCGAGGGAGGGAGGGAAAGUAGUGCGGGAGUUUCUGUUGCUGUGUUGCGGAAAGAGAGGGACAGAUGGUGGAAAAGAAGAGAAGGUGCCCCUUCUUCAGGAAGACACAGAGAGUGAUUUAGCUGAGGAUGAGAGCGGAGGGGAAGAAGCCGAUGGUGUUGAGCACAAGAAGAUGAGUUCAGAUGCCAAAAAAUGGUUAAAAAGGCAAGAAUGUCACGAGUACAUAGACAAGUUUCAACAACACGGCUACUGCAGUUUGUCCUACAUUGCUUCCAUGACAAGAAGGGAAUUCAAAGCCAUUGGUAUAGAUAAACUAGGCUUUGUACUGAGACUAGAGAAAGCAGCCAAGAAGCUUCCAGCCAUGGUUAUUGAGACAGAUGUGCCACCAACAGUGACAGACUGGCUAACGACCCUGGAGAUGGAGGAGUACACUGAGGUGUUCCACAGAGCUGGCUAUAAGACAGAGGAGGACAUUGAGAAUCUGAAAGAGAUUGAUGAUAAGGAGCUCAAGAGAAUGGGGAUUGUAAAAAUGGGUAUGAAACAUUGGCUUCAUUCUGUGGCUAUGAUCUUACUGUCGAUCUCCCUUGUGAUCAGCUCAUGUUCAGAGACUCAGAAAAGCUCUGGAGAGCCUGUUUCAUCCCACAUCAGGUAGGAUAAGAGCUAGGUACACUUGGCUUCCCUCACUAACGGGUCCCCUGGCCCCUCAUUCCUACUCCACUGUCCUUUUUGCUGCGUUUUUCACUUGUUACUUUGUUUAAAGUUUCCAUCAUAAAUGCGUUUAGAGCCUUCCCAGGUUUUUUUAAAAAUCACAUGUCAUUAUAAUCUUGCAUAAGAAGUUUUCGUUUGGUAUGGAGUGUGUGUGUCUGUAUGUUUUUAUUCUGCAGUUGAGAUUCAGAUCCACAAGGCCAAGAGAGACCUAAGCAGCAUAGAUCCAGCCCCAAUUGACGGCAAGGACAGGGAAGCACAGUUCUGGCAGAAUAUCCUCAGCAAUGAACUCAAACCAAUCAAAGUCCGCCUGCAGCAAGCGAGCAAGGAAAUAGGCCAGAAACUGAAGACCCUUCGAAACUCAACUCUGGCCCUCAUGUUCCUCAUCAACAUCAUGUGGAUUAUUCUCCUGUACACGGUCGAAGUGCCACAAUUAGUGAAGUAUGAUCUGCCAGAGAGAACUUUCCACCUCUUGUUUCUCGCAGUCUAUGGGUUCAUUGUCCUGGUCUCCUUUGCGGCAAUGCUGAUCCAUCGGUUCCUGAUGUUGAUACAGUUCCUCGGACGACCAGAGGUGUUUGAUGAAGCAGUCCACACGCUGCAGAACAAGCACAGUUUGAGUGGAUGAAAACGUAUACACAUAGACAUUCACAAUUCUUGGUAGGUGUGGAAGAAGAUUAUGUAAUUACAUGUAUCGUCUAAUUCAAUUAUGUUGU